AUGAAGUUCUUCACUCCAAUCGCGGCUGCGCUCACUCUUCUCGCAGCACCUGCCUUGGCCGUAGAAGAAGAGACCAAGACGCUCCAAGAGCUGUACGCCGGUGCCAUCGCUGAAGGUCACUGGAUGGAGCAGAACAGUGAUGAGAACUCCUCGGAGUUCGUGGCCUUCACCCACUCGCUGAAGGCCGCAUUCGAAGAAGCAUUCCCCGGCGUCAAUGUCACCAUGGUCGUCGACUACAGCAAGUACCACGACGUGCGCAUUGACAACCAGCUCGAGACCGACACGCUCGUGCCGGACAUCACGGCGCUCCAGACCGUGCAGAACUUCCCUCGCUGGGCAAAGGCGGGUGAUCUGCUGGAGUACAAGCCGGCCAACUUCUCCAAGAUCUAUGACGGGCUCAAGGACGAGAACGGGGCUUGGCUGGCGUAUGGUGUGAACUCGUUCAGCUACAUCUACGACUCGAGCAACCUCGGCGGGCUGGACGCACCCGCGUCUCCGUCAGAUCUGGUGAACCCCGACUGGGCGGGCAAGAUCGCUUCAUCGUACCCGCACGACGACGACGCCGUGCUGUUCAGCAUCAGCUUCAACCGCGGUUCGCACGUGGCGAACAACCUGGUCACGGCCCAAGAAAAGGUCAUCGGUGUGGGCACCUACGCCGGUGCGUCCCCCAUUGUGUACGCGAAGAACCUUGCGGCUGCCAAGCUCUUCAUGAACUGGAUCGUGUCCACCGAGGUGCAGGAGUCUGUGGUGAUGGAGACCGUGCGCACGGACAUCGCUCCGUCUGGAUCGAGCCACCCGUGGGAGAUUCCGGAGGCCAACCUGGACGCCUUCCCGUCUUUCAUGGCCAACCGCACUCAGGUGGAGGCACUGAAGCAGACCUUUGCGCUUUACUUUGGUGAGGUGCAAGGUGAGCCCACGCCAGGCUACCUGGGUGUCCACCCGGGGCUCUAG